CUCCGAGGAUGGUUCUGCGGCGGCUGCUGGCCGCCCUCCUGCACAGCUCGCAGCUGGUGGAGCGUCUCUCCGAGUCUCGGCCCAUCCGGCGUGCGGCACAGCUCACCGCCUUUGCGCUGCUGCAGGCCCAGCUACGCGGCCAGGACGCGGCCCGGCGCCUGCGAGCCAUCGCGGCUGGGCCCGCUGGCUCCCUGGGCCGCCGCGCUGCUCGUUUCAGAGACACCUUCACUCAGGAGCUACGCCGGGGCCUCCGGGAACGCCCGCGGCCACCACCAGGUAGCCAGAAAGGCCCGGGACCAAACCCCUAAACCCAGGCUGGGCCAGGGACACCCCCAGGGAAGCCGUGAUCGGACAGGACACAGCCAAGGAAGAAACUCCCCGAAGCCUGACAGAAAUAGAUAGGCUCGGCCCUGAUUCACCGCAGGCAGAGAGCCAUGGACCUAAGUACAACCGGAGAGAGGUUUAACCUCAGCAAAUGGGACUAAAACUAAUGAUCGAUGCUGCUGCCGCUGCAUUGAUGUAGCAGGUCGCUACUUCCAGGGGAGAUCCUGGAUGGAAAGACAAUCCUGCAACUGCCAAAAGUCCUCUGAUUAAAUGUGUGAGCUAUUGUUA